AUUCUUUUUGGCGGAAAAACGAUGAAGUGCCUAUAAAUAUGAUCCUUUCUUUAGCCCAUUUUUGCGAGAUUCAUGGACCAACAGCUAUCUUCUGUACACAAGCUAUUUCAUCACAUCAUGAGACGUUAUUUGUAGAAUCUAUUGCGGAUAAUAUGAGCGGAAAUAGUACAGAAGGAGUUGUUUUGAGAGAAGAAACGUGCGCAUCAUGUCAGUUUUCGGUUCCAACGGAUUUAACGGUUCAUAAAAAUGGAUUUCCUAUAUUAAAGACACAAAGCUCGAAUGAUAAGAUGUUAUAUGUAUCUACUAGACGUCCGAUACUUGUUCAUGAGAAUUCAGCGUUAAAAAAUGCAUGUGUUCGUAGUUUAUCAUGUGAACUUUUACCAGGAAAGACGGGACCCAUUUUAUUUGGAGAUGCGACGUUUGGAUAUACUAUUGCAUAUGUUUUUAGACUUGCGGAUCCGUAUGCUAGAGGAUUGAAACGAUGGUAUUCAUUUAUAUGUUUAAUGCAGAACCAAGCAAAUUUAUCUCGAGCAUGGAGAUUUAUAAUUGAAAAAUUUGAGAUAUUAGUUCAUCGUUUGGAUACUAAGUCAAAAAUGACGUUAGUUGGUGUUGAUGGAAAGAGCAAACAAAGAAGUAGUGUUGAAAUUAAAAAAAGUCCUGAAGAAUUUUUGCGUAAAUAUGAUGGCUCUGGUAUGCCUCAAAGUUUAGCAAAGUUAGUUGAUAUGCAGGAUAUUUUUGUCCAGAUCCAUGCAAGUUUUGCAUGGAUUCUUUCUAUAUGGGGAAUUCAAUUUGAAAGAUCUAGUAAAAAUAAUUAUUCUGAAUUUAAAGACUUGAUAGACAUGAAGCCAAGAGAAGAUGAAAGGGAAAAAGGCAAGAAAAACAUAGAAUGAUUAUUCUUGAAAUUCCUUAACGAUCUAAUGUUAAUUUUAUCAUUUG